UACUUUUGAAACACCCUAUGUUAUCUGGGUAACCGAGCUCGUUGAGCUUUAGAACCAGAUAUACAAAGUCCCACACGAAGAGUUGUCUCCCUUGUGACAGAGGACAAUGUCCUGCACGUGGCUCGACUGUACGGACAAGGGCGGCGAGAAGAUCAAGGUCGAGCGUUUUGACGGCCUUCUGUUCCCGCCAAAACCCAUCGACGUCACGUCGGAGAAACAGUGCCACGACAUCCGGGACCUGGAGGUCAGAGAGGACGACGUGUUCGUGUUAUCCUACCCUAAGUCAGGAACACACUGGACAUGGGAGGUGACACAUAUGCUUGUAACCCAAACAGCGGAGUACCACAAAGAAAGAAUGCCAGUGUUUGUUCUGGAUAUAACGAAGAAGGAGGAUCUGGACUCCAUGACGUCUCCCAGGGUUCUGAGUACUCACUUCCGCUUCCGGUAUUUCCCUCAACAGGUGCUCAAGAAGGGAACGAAAGUUAUUAUGGUUCAUCGGAACCCUAAGGACGUGGUCGUGUCAACUUACGGAAUGUACACGGGGACAAAGUCCAUGGCCAUGUACGACGGCAAGUGGGACGACUACUUCGACAUGUGGCUGAGCGGGAACGUGCCCUACAACUCGUGGUUCGACUUUGAACUGGAAUGGCAGAAUGAGCUGGAGGCGCACCCAGAGAUGAACGUGCAUCACGUCCAUUAUGAAGAUAUGAAAAGGGACCCUGUCAAGAGUGUUAAAUGUAUAGCCUCGUUCCUGGGUCGUGACGUCAGUGACAAGACAUGCGCGGAAAUCGCGGAAGCGUGUGGGUUCAACAAGCUCCGCCAAGCCUACAGCGACUUCAAGGGAGAGAAGUUGAGAGGGGAAUGGAAGAACGGUACAGGGAUUUUCAGAAAAGGUGAAGUGGGAGACUGGAAGAACUGGUUCACUGUGGCCCAGAAUGAGAGGUUCGACCAGGAAUACACAGCCAGGAUGGGAGCCAGCAAGUGGACCUACACUUACACAACUUGAACCCUCGUCGUGGAUUGUGCAUGAGGAACUUAGUCUGUAUUAGCCAUCAUGGUAAUUCCCGUGGAAUAUCUUUCGUAUAUUUGCUCAUUCUGCCGAUUCCAAAAGCUGAUUGUCACUUGAAGCGAUAUGACGUCACGUUGGACAUUGUUGCAUCUUUAAAUAUGACGUCAUAAAUUGAUAACUAAUUUUCAUUUACCCAAAGGCUGACGUUCUUCAUUUCUUCUUUUUUUCAUUGGCUUUCUUUGAAAUUAAACUUCGCGUCGUCGUUCUAGUCUUUGAGCUACUUCUAAAUUAGAGAACUAGGGCUUAGACUUACUGAACGAUCUGAGCUCAACAAUAAUCGUAAAGUUAUCACGAGGAAAUCGUAGGCUGUCGUAGCUUGUUUUCGAAACCUGAGAUAUAAGUGUACAGACUACCUCUUUCGAAACUUGUGAUGUAGGAAUGAUUAUCUUGCCCUCGUGAAUGAAAGCAGGGAAUCGAGGCCUACAAAAUUCCUUAUCACAGACCAAACAAUCCGUAAUCUCAGAUUGUUUACAAUUUGUUAUUCUUCUCCAAGUUAUCCACGAUAUGACAACUGAAAUGCAUUAUUUUCAUCAGAAUGUUUAGUCGGAUUCAUGUAACUCUGUUUGUUGUGCCAUAAGAAUGUAUUGUUAUAUUUAGUUUAAUCGAA